AAUAAAAACCUCACGGCGAACUUCAUUGCAAUGACACAAAUACUGGUCUCCAGAAAGUUCCACAGUUUGGGCAUAUCUCUCAUUCCUUUUCUUUUCCUUUUCUUUCUCCCACUCAACACAUUGCCCAUUCCUCAACAACAACCUCAAAUUGCGUGCUUUCCGCAUCACCUUCCCCCAGUGCUCCUAAUUUGCUCCAUUGCUUGGGUUUUCCGUUGUAGUUGCCAACACUGAAACACCGAUGCCCCGGUACUACUGUGACUACUGUGAUACCUAUUUGACCCACGAUUCUAAGCGUAUGGUUUUCGUUGUAAGCGACAGCUGGACAAUGCAAAUGUUGCUAACUUUGUGUAAUGUUGCAGCCAUCCGUUAGAAAGCAGCAUAACUCUGGUUAUAAACACAAGGCGAAUGUAAGGUCUUACUAUCAGCAAUUUGAAGAGCAACAAACCCAAAGUUUAAUUGAUCAGCGGAUCAAAGAACAUCUUGGGCAAGCUGCCGCAUUUCAGCAGGUUAGCGGGGCUUAUAAUCAUCUAAUGGGUCAGAGGCCGAAUCUACCUCCUGUAUUGCCGCCCCCAAGAUUUCCAUUUCCUGGAGGUCAACCACUAAUGCCAGGGUUCAGACCUCUCAUGCCUAGACCACUACCUAUUCCCGGAGCACCAGGGUAUCCUUCUGCACCUAUCACCACCAUGCCACAAAUGAUGCCUCCACCUGGUGCCCCCCAGAUACCAGGUCAGCUAAAUACCCUACCAAGGCCCCCUUCUUUAGCUCCCCCACCAGCAGUUCCCGGAAGCACUGCACCACCACCUUCCAAUGGUGCUCCCUCUAUAGCAUCAUCAGCAAUGUAUCAAGCCAAUGCACCACCACCAUCAUCGGGAGGUUAUGAUAAUCACAAUGCCAUUUCUCAAGCACCCGGGGCCAAUCGAUGACCUGGUCAAAUUUGUAUGUUAUUUUAUAUAUUGAAUUUUGGACUAAUGCAGUACUUGUUCAGUAAAAUCACAUUUCCUUAUUCUUUGCUAGUUUCUAUGGGUGACUCCGGAAGGAUGCAUGGUAUUUGCUUGGACUUAAAGCCUUUAUUGAAAUCUACUAAUCAACAUUCUCUUCUAUUUUUUAUUUAUUUCUGUGCUAUGCAGUUUGUUCUGCAUAAUUUGUAUCUCCAGCAGAGUCUUAUGACCGGAACUAUCUGUGCUCUUCCUAUCAUCUGUUGAUUGAAUGAGGACUUUCUCAAUCAUGUACUUAAACGAUUGGUAUGCGGCAUGUCAAGCAGCUUAAAUGUAGGAAAAAGUAGGAAAAAGCCUUGAACAUGGAACUUACUAGCAAAUAGUUAGGAUGUUUAACUAUAUACCACAUGUGUACAACAUGUUGGCACUAAUUGGAGCUUUAGAAUACUCAAAUGUUGGAGUUUGUUAGAGUUUUGUGAAUGAAAAAUAGACAAUGAAAUGCUUGUCUCUGUAACGAGUUUAUCUUAUCGA